AUGCGCCUACUGAAGCGCUCUCCAGACGGCAAGAUCAGCCUGGAAUCGUUCAAGAGCCUUGACCACUUCAGGUCCACGACCUCGUCGCGAUAUGCCGUUCUUUCCCACACAUGGGUCGAAGGGCAAGAAAUCACAUACCAGGAGUUUUUGAACAGCACUGGUCACGACAGUAAAGGCUAUGAGAAGAUUCAGUUUUGCGUGAAUCAAGCAGCAGCCGAUGGAAUCGAAUAUUCGUGGAUAGACACGUGUUGCAUCAACAAGGAAUCGCUCCCCGAACUCACAACUGCAAUCAAUUCCAUGUUUUCAUGGUAUAAGAGUGCAGCAAGGUGCUAUGUCUGUUUGCCUGACGUAGAGGUUCCCCCUGAUGUGACCGACCCUUCUGCUUACAAAAUUACUUGGAUUCAUGCAUACAAGCGUAGCCGAUGGUUCACGCGUGGGUGGACGUUGCAGGAGUUGCUCGCACCUCCAAUCGUUGACUUCUUCUCGAAGGAAGGGAAGAAACUGGGCAGCAAGAUAUCGCUCGAGAAAGAGAUUCAUGAAACCACCCGCAUUCCGCUUUCGGCGCUGAGGGAUCCGGACCUUGGUCAAUUCAGUGUCGAGGAACGCUUUCGAUGGAUAGAGGGACGUUCCACAACAGUGCCGGAGGACAAAGCGUACUGCUUGUUCGGCAUUUUCAAUAUAUUUCUGCCACUGAUAUAUGCUGAAGGAGAAGAACAUGCACUGCAACGUGUGAGAGAUGAGGUGAAUCGACGACAGCUGGACCUAGCAACUCAGACUCUGGCAGAU